CCGUUCAGUUAUCGAUAAGAAACCUAUCGAGCGGCCACCGUCUCCAACAUUCUAUGUGCGCAUUAAAUUAACUUGCUAACUUUAAAACACUCGUUUCUUAACCAAAAACUGGUUUUAGGAAACACCUAGCAUAGCAGCAGAAGCUAAAACCCCAUUGGCAACCAAAACACGUGCCAAAACAAACGUUUAAAUUUUCCGUAGAAGUUGUAAAUAUAAAAAAAAGUCAGCAAAAUGGGAAUGGUAACGAAGCGCAAGAAGAUGCACUAUGGCGAUACCCAUCUGCAGAGGAGAUGGCGUGUGCGGAAUCGCCGACGUGAUCUCGACCAGAUCGACGACGAUCUGCAGACCCGGAGCGGUGAACUGAUCAAUCAGAAUGUGGAUCUCGACAAGCCAGGAUUCGCGCAGUUCUACUGCGUGCACUGUGCCAAGUACUUCAUCGAUGACACCGCCAUGCAGGCACAUUUCCGCACCAAGGUGCACAAGAGGCGUCUCAAGGCCCUGGAGAUCGAGCCGUACAGCAUCGAGGAGGCGGAACGCGCCGCGGGACGUGGCAGCUUCGUGAAGCCCAAGAAGCGGGCGAUGGAAACGCAGCCUUCGAAGGAGGACGUGGUCGCUGGCAAGAGGAUCCGAGUGGAGGUGGUGCCCGAGGAUACAGAUGCCACCGAUUCGCCAUCGACGUCCAAAACGAAGCGCAAGAAAGUGGAGAAAAUGGAGACAUAGGCGAGGAGGAUGAACCAAUCCAUUGAUCUAGCUUAGUUUUUAAGACCCUCGGGGACUGGACUUUCUUCAUCCCCCUCCCACAGAACUCUGUUUUCCUCCAAUUGCUUUCUUUAAAUACAUUUUUUUUCCAACGUAUAUAAAUCGA